AAAGAGGCCAAAUUAGACGAAGGACCGAACGACUAACCAGAUAUUAAAGAUGCAGUGGAGUCUCUUUCUGCUGAUUCUGAUGGUCUCUCCUGAUUGAGUUUCCCUAUAGAGAUGAUAUUUGUCUUCCUGGGCAGUGUUUCUUCUCCACCUGUUACCUGUAUGAGUACCACUUUAUUAGAGAAAACAAAACCUGGGAGGAAGCACAGAAAUACUGCAGAGAGAAUUAUGCAGACCUGGCCAGCGUGUUUGACAUGACAGACAUGGCGAGACUGCAUGAAUCCAGAGAGUAUGAAGGUAAAGCCUGGAUUGGACUGUUCAGCAACCCAGGAAAAGAAAACAGGAUGUGGCAUUGGUCUCUGCCAGGGGUGGAAUACACUGAACGUGAAACCAGAUGGGGACGUUCUGAACCAGGUGAUCUAAAGGAGAACUGUGUGAAGACAAGAGGAAACUGGACACAUGCCAUAUGUGAGAACACUUUGUGGUUCAUCUGCUACGAUGGAAAGAAGAGAGACGGUAAAUCGAUCCAUUUGAUUAAGAAGAAGAUGACCUGGACAAAGGCUCAGAACUACUGCAGAGAUCACUACACUGACCUGGCCAGUGGACUCGAUCAGGCGGAUGGGGAAGAAUUUAAGAUCCUCAAUAAGUCUCAGGGCUCUCCGAUGAAUGUGUGGAUCGGCCUGUUCAGAGACACCUGGAGGUGGUCAGAUGGAAGUAAUUUCUCUUUCAGGCACUGGAAUAUGGAGUCAUUUUAUGACGGACAAAACAACAGGAAAUGUGCUGUGACUCUGUUAAACAGAUCAGGAAAAUGGAGCUCUGAUGAAUGCAACAAGAAAAAUCCUUUCUUCUGUUAUGAUGAUAAAUUGAUUCUAAUCAAUGAAAACAAGACCUGGGAGGAAGCCUUGGAUUACUGCAGACUGCACCACACUGACCUGGUCUCCAUCACUAACCCUCACCAACAGAGAGUGGUUGAGAGGAGAACCAAGAAUGCCAGCAGUCCCUACGUAUGGGUGGGACUGCGCUACACCUGCGUGAUGAAUCUGUGGUUGUGGAUCAGUGACAGAGUAGUCUGCUACGAGAACUGGGCUGAUAAAGGAAAGAUUGAUGAGUGUCAUAGGUGUGCAGCUAUGGAAAGAGGAGGACGGUAUCAGUGGGUCAGUAAAAGUGAAUAUGAGAAAUAUAAUUUUAUUUGUUCUAAACAAUAAGCUUUAAACCUCUCUGACUCACUGCAGGUUAAUUAUUGCAGCAGAAAUAAUUGAUUUUUAUCAAGCACUGAAUGUAGAAAGAUGAAAAAACAAUAAUAAUAUUGCAGUGAGUCACCUCUAUGUUUUAUAUUAAGAACCAAAAUAUGGAUUAAGGGAGAAGAAAAGAGAGACUGUAUCCAAGAUUAUAAAAGCUAUAUGAAAAGAGUGGCUACACAGUUUUUGUUUUAGGGUCUCGUAUGUGUUAUUUACACAAAACAUUAUAGCAUGUUGUGUUAGCAUAUUAGCAAUGAAAGCAAAGAGGAGGAACUGACAUCAUGUCCAGUUUCAACCAACACGAUUAACAUCUAUGAUAAAUGUUUAACCAGCUGUUUAAUACUGUUUAAUUUAAGUUAUAUCCAAGUGUGUUUGUAUGAUGAUUAAAAGCCGCUUUUUAGAGAUAAGUGGUCCUCGUAGCCAUAUUAUAAUCAUGUGUUUAAAGUAAACCUCAGUCUUAACCAUCUGCAGCAGUAAUAUUGAUCCAUAUAACACUGAUGGGGAACAUGUUAAUGCAGAAUAAAUACUUUUACUUUUAAGCAUUUUUUGUAUACCUUGCCAAUAAUAAAGUUUUAUGUGUA